AGCUGCUUCAACUUGGGAGUGGCAGGAGAAGUGAGAAAACCACAUGGAAGACUCCCAGGAUUUAAAUGAACAAUCACCUUGGACUCUUCUUCAGCUUUAGCUUCUUCAAGGAGGAGAGAAUGGAGCUGAGUUCUCUCUGUCCUGAAGGAAGACCGCAAUUCUUACAUGUCUCUCUCCAAGUAUGCUGGGAAACUCUGGCGAGGGCAAGGACUUCAACUUUUAUGGCUCUGUGAGAUACACAUUAAGGAAGUAUUAACUGGCCCAAUUUAUCAUCCUGCCCAGUCCAAUGAAGGAGGGGAUAGCUGAAUUCAGCCAUGGUGGUUUGAACAUGGUUUACAGUGGGGGAAGAAAGCUAGCAGAGCUUAUGGGUGGGGCCUUUUGUUCCAGUUAGUGUGUCUUUGUUGUAGCUUCCCCUGCUGAAUUGUAGAUGACUGUACUGUGAAUGUUUAUGAAGUCCAGAGGGGAGUCUCCUGACCAGGAAGAGCUGCAAGUACAGAAGUGCUUCUCCCUUUGGGGCCCCACAACCCUAAUGACCUCUUUGGAGCUUCAGUUCUCUAUGACUCAUGGUUUUUCUGAUUGGAGGCUCUGGCAAAAGGAAGCAGCAUUCACCCUUGGAGUUCUGGACUCAUAGCUCUGACGUUAAAACAGGUAAAGAAAACGUGCACAGAAUCAGAUGUUUCAGAAUCUCAGAAUUCCAGGUCUAUGGACAUGCAGGACCUAGCAAGUCCUCAUACUCUUGUUGGAGGUGGUGAUACUCCAGGUAGCUCCAAACUGGAAAAAUCUAAUCUCAGCAGCACAUCGGUUACUACAAAUGGGACAGGAGGGGACAACAUGACUGUUUUAAACACAGCAGACUGGUUGCUGAGUUGCAACACCCCCUCUUCUGCAACAAUGUCUCUUCUUGCAGUCAAAACAGAGCCCUUGAACAGCAGUGAAACCACAACCACGACUGGAGAUGGAGCGCUUGACACUUUUACUGGGUCAGUAAUUACAAGUAGUGGCUACAGCCCCAGAUCAGCACAUCAGUAUUCCCCACAGCUGUAUCCUUCCAAGCCCUAUCCACACAUUCUUUCUACACCAGCAGCUCAAACAAUGUCUGCAUAUGCAGGCCAGACUCAGUAUUCGGGGAUGCAGCAGCCAGCCGUCUACACAGCCUACUCACAGACAGGACAGCCCUACAGCCUGCCCACUUACGAUUUGGGUGUGAUGUUGCCAGCCAUCAAGACAGAGAGUGGACUUUCCCAAACUCAGUCCCCGUUACAGAGUGGCUGCCUCAGUUACAGCCCAGGGUUUUCUACCCCACAGCCGGGCCAGACACCUUACUCUUACCAAAUGCCGGGUUCUAGUUUUGCACCGUCAUCUACUAUUUAUGCAAAUAAUUCAGUUUCCAAUUCAACGAAUUUCAGUGGUUCACAACAGGAUUAUCCAUCCUAUACAGCCUUUGGCCAAAACCAGUAUGCACAGUAUUACUCAGCAUCAACGUAUGGAGCGUAUAUGACAUCAAAUAACACAGCCGAUGGCACACCCUCUUCAACCUCUACUUACCAGUUGCAGGAAUCUCUCCCAGGACUGACUAACCAACCAGGUACAGAUCUUCACCCAGCAGAGUUCGAUACCAUGCAGAGUCCCUCCACACCCAUCAAAGAUCUUGAUGAGAGAACCUGUAGGAGUUCUGGGUCAAAGUCCAGAGGAAGAGGCCGGAAAAAUAAUCCCUCUCCGCCUCCUGAUAGCGACCUGGAGCGUGUGUUUGUCUGGGAUUUGGAUGAAACCAUCAUUGUUUUUCACUCACUGCUCACCGGGUCUUAUGCACAGAAGUAUGGCAAGGAUCCCCCCAUGGCUGUAACCCUUGGACUCCGCAUGGAAGAAAUGAUUUUUAAUCUUGCUGACACUCAUUUGUUUUUUAAUGAUUUAGAGGAAUGUGAUCAAGUUCAUAUAGAUGAUGUUUCCUCUGAUGAUAACGGGCAGGAUUUAAGUACCUACAGUUUUGCAACUGAUGGCUUCCAUGCAGCUGCAAGUAGUGCAAACCUUUGUUUGCCAACAGGUGUAAGAGGAGGGGUUGACUGGAUGAGGAAGUUGGCUUUUCGUUACAGAAGAGUAAAAGAAUUAUAUAACACCUACAAGAACAAUGUUGGAGGUCUCCUUGGCCCUGCCAAGAGGGAUGCCUGGCUACAGUUAAGGGCAGAGAUUGAAGGUCUGACAGAUUCCUGGCUAACAAAUGCACUUAAGUCUUUAUCAAUUAUUAGCACUAGGAGUAAUUGCGUAAAUGUCUUGGUAACGACAACCCAGCUGAUCCCAGCACUUGCGAAGGUUCUACUCUAUAGUUUAGGAGGUGCUUUCCCCAUUGAGAAUAUUUACAGUGCAACUAAAAUAGUGCAUUGUUUUUCAGGCAAGGAAAGCUGUUUUGAGCGUAUAGUGUCCAGAUUUGGCACUAACAUAACUUAUGUUGUGAUUGGAGAUGGCCGAGAUGAGGAGCAUGCCGCUAACCAGCCAGCACAACAUGCCCUUCUGGAGGAUAUCCAGUCACUCAGACCUCCUGGCUCUCCACCAAGCACUGGAAUUAGAGUAUUUGUAACUGUGUUCUCUAGCCGGAGAUCCAUUUUUUAUAUUUCAAGUACACUGAAUUUUUAUGUGUGAUUCAAUGCCUCUGGCUCUACACAUAUAAAUUGUCUUAAUGGAUGAAAUCAUAUUUGGAAUAAAAAUUCCAGAAUGAAGAAUUCAGAUUGCUGAAUGGAGUUAAACUUUAGUGCUACAGAAAAGAAACUCUAUGGUCUUAUAUUUACAACACUUUAAUGGGUUUUUAAAAAAUCUGUGGAGGUUGCUGGUACACACCAAAUGAGUCCAAACUGGAAUGAGCAGCUUUAGCAAAGAACUCUUACCCUGGCAAAGCAGCAACACACAUGCUCCGUCUGACAAGGUGGUCAACAACAUUCCUCAAAUUGGGAGAUCUUCUCAGCCCUGAGGUUUGAAUCUGACUUUAGCCUACCUAGCCCAGAAAAUCUGAAUUGGAAUGCACUCAGACUGUAUAAGGACAGUCCUAUUUAGACCUGUAAUUUGUGUAAAUUAUUGAUGAAAAUAAUUUACUGUGACUUUAUUAGCAGCUGACUUUCAAAGUGGAUGCAAUUUUUCUUUCAUUUGUCGGGGAGGGGAGUGGGAGGGGAAAUGGGAAUAUAAUAUUGUCUCUUUUUUAAGUUUGGCAAACAGAAUGUUCAUACUGAUGUGUUGUGCCUUAAAGACAAGACAGCAUUUGUGUGUUACAAUGUAACUUUGGUUAAAAUCUCUGUAGAUAAUGAAAAAAAAAAUCCUUUGUGAUGAUUCUUAACAUGACCAAAUUUAAAAGUCAAGCUCUCAAAGCUUAAUUACCGCAUCAGCAAGAAACUGAGUAUUUGUUGCAAUAAGAAAACAACAACAAUAAAGGAAAGCUUGUGUUGUAUUUGGGUUCUUAAUAAUUCCAAUAAUUGUAUGAGGCAACUAUUUGCGCAUCCAACCAUAAGCAGAAAGUUUGGGAAAGACUGUGGGACCUUCACUUAGAAAGUGAAAUGUAUGUAGAAGUCUCAAGUACCCCUUCUACAGUUUCACUGGAGAAAACUAAGAGCCAUAUUCAUGACAACCUGCACGGUUUUGAGGUUGAGACUUUUGAUAUGUGUAAGUUGCAUAGAGGAGGACAUUAUCAUGCAAAUCAUGAGCAAUUAUCACAUUAACUUUUUUAGAAUAUGCCAUGGACAUGGUGUAAAAUUCACAUUGAGUGGGCAUGGCUUAAAAUAAAGCUAAGUGUGUUUAUUCCCAAUGCCAUUGCAAAAAUGAUAAUAUCAUCAGUAAUGGAAGGCAGAUCUCCCAGAUGGCGUCUGAUGAAAGCAAUGAGUUUAUGAAAAUGUUACCUAGAAUAUCAUCAUAAAUUAAAUCAGCAAGUGAGUUGGAUCUUGGCAGCGUUACUGAAAUGACAAUAGUAAAAUAGUACCUGGUUCUCCAUCUGAAUACAUCAAUGUAGGUUCUCCUCAUGACAGACUUGCAUAUGUUAGUUUCUGCCUGUAUUGUUACUGCGCAAUGGAUGGCAUUCAUUACAAGAAGAGCCCGUCAUCGUUGUGUUUGCAUGGUUUUUUUUCCCUGUGUGUAGCCCAUGUUGGGAACACGAUACAGUUCUCCUCUUGCUUCCUGUGACAUGAUUUCCCUUGUGGAAAUUUAAGGCUUUAAGAACUAGAGUAUUUUUAUGGUGUCUGCACCUGCAGUUCUGUGUUUAAAAUGUCAUAAUGUGGAUGCUAGAGUCAGGCUACUAGUCAGUGCCCCUAGCCAGAGGCUGGUUCAUGAGUUGAUCAACUGAGGCCUCUGUGGCUUCAAUAAAGUCUACAUUUUGCUCACAGAUUACAACAUUCACUGUGGAAAUAGAUUUCAUUUCUUUGGGCUACAAACCUGUAUUUCUUUACUGAAUGCUAAGGCCAUGUUUAUACUGGGCAGAAAGAUAUUGAGAUCCGAAUUUUGUACAAGAUUGUGAUUUCAUCAUCUAAACCUUAAACUUACCCUUUAAAUUUUGUAGCUUUUGGCUGCCUCUGCCCCAAGUACUAUUCCAGGCAAAUUAAAGUUGGAAUACGUUUAAUAAUAUAAAAAUAAUGAUAGUAAAUCUUAUACUUCUGUUGGCCCUUAGAUUAAAAAUAGCGGUUAAAAAAAUUUAAGUGUUGCCUUGAUUAUCAGUACUUAAUUAUGUUGUGCACUAAAACCUUAAGUAUUUAUUACUGUGAAUAAAAACAAAUUAUCUUUACUGUAUAGCUGGUUUCUUUAAAUGAUAGAAUUGUGACAUUAGGUAUAAAUUUGUAAGUCUUUUCAUAUCAAACAAGCAAGGCUUUUUAUGCUGCUAAGUCUGCAGGUGCAGAAAGAAACACCCCUUGGAAGGGCAAAGAGAAGCUGGCUGGUUGCAUCACCCCGUGCAGUUUCUCACACACAUCUCUUUUUCUGAUUCUGUGUUCAGAAGAGGCUGCCGGCAUAAAACCUAAAUGCUAGGUUGACGGAGAACAGCUUGUCUGGCACAACAAUGGUGCAGGCCCACAAGCCAGCAUCACAGCUUGGCCAUGGGACGUUGAGCAUGCACAAAAUAGAACUCUUCCCUUCCCACCUUAGGAACAGAAAAUCCUCCUCCUUUCUAAUCUGAAAAAUGAAAACUGAACUAACAAACACAAAACGAACCCCUUGGCAAUUCCCACCUCCUAUUGACAUAUGGACUAUUGUGCCUUAUUGUAAACCAGUUUGAAAAAUGUUCUGUAACUAAAGUGGGUUUUCGGCUCUUAUGUAUACAGCUUGGUAUAUUACUACAAAAGAUAACCAUCUUGUGUUGCACCUUAAAAAUAUCAAGACCACGUAAUUUCAGUAACAAAAUAGGUGGCCUGGCUACAGUAUUAUAGCAUACAAUUAGAACACUAUGCCCCUGCAAAAUUUUGUAAAUCAAAUUCAGAGGCAAAAACAUAUUUUAGAAUCAUACGGUUUGCACACAACAAGUAGGUAAUAACUGUCUCUAAAAAUGUUUUCUCCUUAGUCUGUGAUGAGCUAAGAAUCAGAAUAGUGUCAACAGCAUGCUCCUGUAUGAAGUUGUUUUUUUAAAGCACAUUUGUUUAUGACAAGCCUACAUUCUCAGUGAAUAUGGCAUUUAGUAUUUCUUUUGAAAACAAACUUAAGCAUCAUGAGCCAAAGUUGCAUUUUGACUCCCAACUACGGUAGCGUUAUGGACAUCUCACAAUGUCAAGGGUUUCUGUUAUGUAUUAGUAAAGUAUAGAUUAUCGGGGCCUACGUAAUUUAAAGAAAUGUAAAUUAAUAUUAAAAGCUUGUAAAAAUAUGUAUAUCUUUACUAUUUCUCAAUAAAUACCUUUGCAAUUGUUUUCAUUUCCUUCA